AUGGAUUCUGAUAUGAAUCAAAAUCUAUUGCCAAUGAAAAACUGUUCAGAUGAAUCUUCAACUAAACCAAAAACUCUUCCUAAUAAUUUUGUUCCAAAUUCCAUUGUUCAGAUAUACUGGCCUUCAGCAUUGAUUCCCAAAGGAAAUUCAACAAAUACACCUUUAUCGGAUAAUCUUUGUGAUACAUUAAUCACACCAAAGAAAUUAUCAUUUGCUCGUUUGUUACGUAUUAGUCUAGAAAAGAAUCUUCUUGUUCCACAUAAUCUUCUCAACGAUGUUGCUCAUGUUGAUCCAAAUCCUAAUCAAAUUCUAUUAGAUUCUGUUAAUCAAUUUGGAUGUAGUAUCAUACCAACUUCUAAUGGGCAUGAAUCAUCAUCACCACCACUCUCCUCCUCCUCCUCAGUUGAUUUCAUUCCACUUUUUAUUCGAAUGAAAAAUAAUGACGCUGCUCUAAGAUUACUACACUCUAUUGAUUGUUCUACAACAAUUCAUGGUGUAACAGCACGUAUUCUUGAAGGCUCAAGUGAACAAGCAUACUGUGAUAAUAUUGUCAAGUCUCGAGUGAAUGCUAGAGAACGUCAUCGUACUUCACAAUUAAAAAAACGUCAAAAACAAAAUCUUCCAAUCCCACUCCUACAUCAUUCAAUAAUUUUAUACCUCCUAGUA